CAACACUGUCAGUCGCCAGCUGUCUGCAGUCGAGUAGUUGACUAACACUGGUCUGAAGCCGCAGAUAAAAAUACAAAAUUAUUGUUUUCAUUGCGAACUCCCAGCAAUAUAAGUCAAUAUGUCGCUGACUCCAUUUUUACGCCUUCCCUUAACGGACCUGACUGGCUGCCUAAUCAACCACCAGACCUACGACAAAUGCGGCAAGUUCGAGAUGAAGAUGAUGGAGUGCUUCGAGGCGUACGGAUUGGAGCGUGGAAAGCGGGAGUGCGCCGACCUGAUCUCCGACUUCCAGGAGUGCGUAGGCAUGCAGAAGCAACUGAUGCGUUUCCACGCCAUGCGAAACGAGCGCUACAAGCAGUGGCUCAUGGGAGAGCGCAAGGGCGAGGAGUUCUUUGCGGAAAGUCCUCGCGUUGACGCCUAUUAAAUGGGUGCCUAUAUGCUUGGAUAAUUGUUUAUUGGUAUAGCCGUAACUGGUGUAAAAAUAAAGAAAACUGAACGUGA